UAUUUUGUAUUUUGAAAGCAUUAUGUAUUGUAACUAUAUUAUUUUUUAAUUGUUAUAUAGUGUUUAUCUAUUAUAAAUUAACGCUACUGAAUACUUAUAUACCGCUUUGUGUUAGUCUGUCGGUUAGUUUAAAAAGAUUAAUGUGUUUAGUUUAAGGAAAGUUCAGGUCAGAUGAAAAAAUAUAAAAGAUGGGAGGAUGUUCGGCACCAAAUUGUUCCAAUUCAACAACAAUUGGAAAACAGUUAUUCCGUUUCCCAAAAGACCCAGUCAGAAUGCAGAAGUGGGUAAUAAAUUGUCGACGAGAUUUUUUGCCAACUCCCUGUUCCAGACUAUGUGAGGAUCAUUUUGAGGAGAGUCAGUUUGAAGAAAUUGCAAGGUCUCCUGCAGGAGGAAGGAAGCUGAAACCAAAUGCAAUUCCAACAUUGUUUGAUGUGCCUGAUCCACCUUCUCCCAUCUCUGUUAAAGAAGUGAUACAUGCUUUAGACUCUGAAACAGAUACAGCCUUGGGAGAUCAUAGUUAUGCUCGGAAAAGAUUAAGAGGCCCUGAGGAUCCUGAGCAAAAUGGUGAAGAACAGGGUGAAAAAGAAGAAGCUUGCAAGCGUUGUGAUCAGUAUAAAGCUCAGCUGGAACAGCAACAACUAUACAAUGCCAAGCGGCUACGGGAGGUGGAUGAAAUGAGGAAGAAAGUACAUAAACUGCAUAAAAUUGAAAAAAGCUUGCAAAGCUUUUUGUUUGAGGAUCAGAUCCGUGCUCUUACCCUAUCUAAACACUCUCGUCGUGUGGUGUGGUCCCAGGAUACUGUGAAGUCUGCAAGAAGAAUUAGAGCUGCUGUAGGAGUGAAAGGUUAUGAAUAUUUGAGAGAAUUGGGGUAUCCUCUUCCUUCAUAUAGGACACUUUGUAACAGAGCUCAAGUGCCUAUCAUUGCUGAGCUGGGCCUACAAGCUGAAAUAACAAUGAUUUGUCCUGAAUCUGAAGAAAAGCCGUCGGCCCUCUCAAUGCUCCAGAGUCCUAGUCCUGCUGCUUUUGUUGAGACUUAAGAGUCUUGGUUAAAUAUAUUAAAAAAUUGUACCAUGUGCUUGUUUUCAUCACAUUUUAAAUAUUAUUUGAAAUAGCUGGGAAAGAGUUUAUUGAAUAGUAACUAUUUAAUGAUCUGUUAUCAACAUUUUUUGGAAUGUGGCUAUCUUGAGUUUAAGAGUUGAAGGGUAUUUGAAAACUGCUUUAAUGAGGAGCCGAAGAUAGAAAUUUAGCAUUUCAUCAAAUGUUGAUUUAUCAGAAUUAUUUUUUUUCUGUCAGCUUUGUGACUCCUGUUAUGAGAGGGGUAUAUUCAUGACAAACAGUGCUGAAUUACAUGAUAACUUAUGAAUGCACUGAUUAUAGGUUUACUUUAUUAUUGAACAAUUUCCACAACCAAGAUCUCCAAUUUACAUGUUCACUGUGAGCAUAUUUAACAAAAGCCAAGCAGAACCCUUUAUGUAUGUUUUCAAAGGCAAGUCUUCAGCGUAAAAAAUAUCUUCUUCUCAGAAAUGUAAAUUGUUAUGCCUAUAGUUCUAUUUUAACACAAUACUUAAAUUACAUUAAUUUAUUAGGGUUUUUUUUUUUCAAUCUCAUAACUCGCAUUAAUUAUUUCUAACUGAUAACCAAACUAUAGAUAUGAUAUUGGAUUCAAUUUCAGAUGCUUUGCUUUCACAAGGUAUUGCUUUGACUGGCUCUGGCUAAACAACACUGUUUUUUAGAAAAAGAUGCAGUUGCACCCAAAGUGUCGCUUAUCAGUAAGUACAGGCUAUAUUUGGGACUGUCAAACUACAGUUAUGAUUAUCUAUCAUGAUUUUUAUUAUCACAUGCAGAUUUGUGAAAAUAUAUAUUUUGACUACAGCAAAUAAAGGUAAACAGAACUAGCAAUGUACUGGUGUGGGGAAAGAAGUUAAUUUUAUCAAUAGUUAUUACUUAAAUGCCCAGGCUAUGGAUUUAAAGAAUAGAAUUUAAUUUAUUUUAUCGGAGAAUUUGUUGUCUGGUAUUGUCAAUUAUGAUUCUUUGUGUUUGAAUCAGCAUUCUUGCAUUUUUUUGUUUUUGUAUGUUAUUAAAUUAUGUAUUAUUUA